CAAUGCACAAGCUGAUCGACCUGAUUGCAACGAACGACAUCAAAGGUAUCGAAACAGAAAUGGGACGAAUCCUGACUAAUGCCGAUUUGGAAAGCCUUUCGGAGCUGCUGCGCAGCGAGCGCACCAAAAUAUACUUUCUGAUUCUUGUGGAGCAGCUUAUGAAGCAGUUCAAGCUGGAGGGAAAGAGCAUGGCACCGCUGAUAGCGCUGAUAGAGCGCUUCAACUACCCCGCCAACGAGCUUGCGAACAAGUUUGCGUCUGUGUAUGCGCUGGCCGGUACUCUUGAUUGGCCGCUGCACUUUCCGAAUUUUCUCGAUAACGUGCUGAGCCUGAUGGCCGGCAACGAUGCCCUUGGCUUCAACAUUUUUGAAAAGUUUCUUUAUCACGUCAGGUACGGCAACGAGAUCAGCGAGAAGAGGCGCAAGGAACUUAAGGAGGCCCUGAACAUAUCUGCGGAGCGGUUCUCGUCUUUUCUCAUACGGACUAAUCUGCAAGACCAGAACGAAAUAGGAAUUGCGCUCAUAUGCAUCAGCAUAUUCGAGCAUCUCAGCACUGUCUUAGAGUUUGAUCCGCAAAUCGUGCUUAACGCCUACUCAUCGUUUGAUCUGGACAGCUUCAUCGUUGGUGUGCUCGACAGGAAGCAGAGUGACGCGUUUUACAAUUUUCUAUUCUCGUACCUGGGGGGAAGGCCCCCGAACGCUAAGAUGCUCUUUGCACUCGACAGAAAGAGCACGCCCUUUUUGGACUACGCGGUACGCGGGUUGAUAUCGGACGAGCAGUGCUUUUUGGCGGCGCUGCUGUAUUUGAGGCGGCGCAUCGGCCUGCUCUACGAUGACGACUUGGUUGCACCCGGUUCAUCAGGCGUUUACGAGGCAAAGAUGGCGCGAAUAUGCCAAAUCCUAGAAAGCAUCGCAGAGCGGUACGAUGAGGCGGACAACUACACGCGAAACGAGGCCAUGCUAUUUUUUAUAGAGGUGUCCCGCCAGCAGUUCGAUGCAUCGUUCCUCAAUGUAGAGAAGGUGCCACGAGAGCUUCUGGUGCAGCUCCUGAAGAACAACGAGAUUGCGAGCGAGGACUCGUUCGUGCAGGCGUGCAAUUUUUACAAGAAGCGCGACAAGCGGUGCUUUGGUUACGUCGAGAUGCUGUGCACGGACCCAGAGGGAGAGAAGCUCAUGAUCAAGGCGCUCGAUCGCGUGCCGCUCUCAGAGAUUGAGCUGCGCAACCUGAUAGAAUGUAUCAAAUCGAACAAAUUGUACGUUAAAAUAGCUACGAUGAUACCAAGCUACAACAUCCUUGGCAUCGACUGGAACGCAGAGGUGGCCGAGAAGUAUUUUUAUUACCUGCAGUUUGACGAGAACGGAGCGAUGCAGAACGUUGAGUUCUUUUACGACUAUUUUAUGAAGACAGAUGACUUUAGGUUCUGUUUCGGUAUUUUGCAGCGGAUACGCAAGGUGCUGGCACGAAAGAACUUCGACAGCAACGAGGAGGUCAUCGAUUCAAAGAUUAUAGAGCGGAGCUACAACAGCAUAGGCACAGUUCCUGUGCUUGAGCUGAAGUAUUUCAUCGAAUUUGUGGGCGGCCUGAGGUGCUACAGCUAUUUCCUUGAAGGGGUGCACAACAGGGUGAUGAAGGAGUGGAGGGACAGCGAGGAAUGGACCGAGCUGAGCGUGCUGACGCGCAUUUACCUCGGUGUUCUCAAUCGGUACGAGCUUGUGGCCCCAAUGAUAGAGCUGUUGCAAAUCGACGAGAUUUCUCUUUUGCGAAAAAUCCUGCUGAUCCUGAACAAGAAGGUAAUACCGAGCGAGCUGAAGCCGCGGUGCACGUACCUGCUCCUUACGCUGUACAACUCGCCCGGUCUCACCGAUCUGCAGGGUGAUGUUCUGAACAUGCUUGUCGAUGUGUAUGACGAUAACACGCUGCUGAUGGUCAACAACGAUCUGCAGGCACUCGCUGAGAUGCGGCGAGAUGCCAAGAAGCGGAAGACUCUGAUGAAGGCCUUUCUGAGGAACAUCAAGGGACAGCAGCUAGCAGAGCUGGGCCGAAGGAACCUUGCCGUAGGUGCACAGGGUAUAAUAAAGAAGGAGAAAGCGGCAGCACCCGAUGUUGAUCUGAACAAUUUGUUUUGAAUGCCGUGCUACAUUAAAUUAAAACGGGAGAGCGUAUUGAACCAAGUCCUGCGAUAGAAAAUGAGCAGUUGCUCUUCGAGCGUUAGGUAAAUCGUUUUCUGGCCAUAAAGUGAAUCUUUCCGUUCUGUUCGAGUGCCCUGCGUUCCUGUGCCGGUGGUACGUUUCAUUCCAAAUUGCACUGCGCACCAAGUCCGACUAAUUAAACCAAAUUUGCCCAUCAC